AUGAUAUUCCACUUACACAGUCCACAGAUGCUGAAGAUGCUAGAGAAAUCCUUGAGGAAAAGCCUCCCUGAGUCCUUAAAGGUUUAUGGGACCGUCUUCCACAUGAACCGGGGAAACCCAUUCAAGCUAAAGGCCCUGGUGGACAAGUGGCCUGAUUUUAAUGCAGUGGUUGUCCGCCCUCGGGAGCAGGAGAUGGCAGAUGACCUUAAUCACUACACCAAUACCUACCAAAUCUAUUCCAAGGACCCCGAGAACUGUCAGGAAUUCCUUGGCUCACCAGAAGUCAUCAACUGGAAACAACAUUUGCAGAUUCAGAGUUCACAGUCCAGCCUGGAUAAAGUGAUAGAAAAUCUUGUAGCCAUUAAUUUCGGCAAGGUCAAGCAUACACGAUGCAUCCUCUAUAUGAUGCAUGAGACAGCAAAGAAAUUGUUUCCUUCUCUGGUGGAUGCAAAGAACUUACCACCCAACGAUGGCGUCCCCACGUCCAUGUAA